GGGCGCGGGGCUGCGCCGCGCUGCGCUCCCGCUCCGUGCCCUGCGCCGUUUGGGGCUGCCCCAGUGCUGGACCGGCACACCACGCCCCACCCCCUUCCAGCCCGAGGUUUCCGAACGCAUCCCGGGAGCGGCAGGCAGCCGCACGCCGGGGUUCAGCUCCCUGCUGGGGGUGAACGGGGCUGCCCUGUGCCCGACCCCGGGGGGGGGCGGCAGCGCGGCGGGGGCUGCCCGGUGCCAACCCCCGGGGGGGUGGACACAGCCGUCCGGCCCCGCUGUGCUCGGCUCCCGCCUCGUUUUACGGUCGUGGAGAGGGAGGAAAAAUCCCAAACCAGCUGCGUAAAUGAGUAUGGAAGAUUAUGAUUUCCUCUUCAAAAUUGUUUUAAUUGGCAACGCUGGCGUGGGGAAGACCUGCUUGGUGCGGCGCUUCACCCAGGGGCUUUUCCCACCAGGCCAAGGAGCCACGAUUGGGGUUGACUUUAUGAUUAAAACUGUGGAGAUAAAUGGUGAAAAAGUAAAGCUGCAGAUCUGGGACACGGCAGGACAAGAGCGAUUCCGCUCCAUAACGCAGAGCUACUACCGCAGCGCCAACGCCUUGAUACUCACCUACGACAUCACCUGCGAGGAGUCCUUCCGCUGCCUCCCCGAGUGGCUGCGGGAAAUCGAGCAGUACGCCAGCAACAAGGUCAUCACUGUGCUAGUGGGUAAUAAGAUUGAUUUAGCUGAUAAGAGGGAAGUCUCCCAGCAGAGAGCAGCGGAAUUCUCCGAGGCACAGGACAUGUACUAUCUGGAAACCUCAGCAAAAGAAUCGGAUAAUGUGGAAAAACUCUUCCUGGACUUAGCCUGCCGGCUGAUCAGAGAGGCACGGCAGAACACCCUGGUGAACAAUGUCUCAUCCCCCUUACCAGGAGAGGGGAAAAGUAUCAGCUAUUUGACUUGCUGUAAUUUUAAUUAAAGAGCUGGCAUGUGAUUCCCCAUCCGCCAUGGGCCCUGAAGAUUUUUCACUGGGAUUUGUCUCCUCAGAGGGAAUUCCGCCUUGACCCAUCUGACUUCCUCGCAGUCAGGUCGCAGACCUAGAAGCAUGGCAGGCUGACAGCUCCAGCUGCAUGGCAACGUAGCAGAAUAUAACGUGGUUCACAUUUAAUUUUUCUUGCAGUCUCUGGAGUGGGUUAGGAGAAAGGAGAGUUGCACAAGAGCUUCAUGUGAUGCAGAAAAUGAGCUAUCGCGUUUCCUUCUGGGGGAGAUAAGAGCAACCUCUCUUGGGGAAGAUUUGGAAGAGGUCAAAAUCUCUCUUACAGAACAAUGUGUUCGUUCCUUUUUAAAAGAAGAAAAAAACCAACCAUGAGCACUGACCCAGGACUACGCUGGCAAUCAUCCAGGCUGCCAGCUGAGUGAAUUCUUGGGACGUGUAUAUAGCGUCUUUGUGGAGGAAGGUGUUUGAAAUAGUGUUAUGUCUCUCAUCUACAGGCACUUUCAUGAACAUGGAAUAAUAAUAAUAAAAAAAAAAGUUAUAUAUCUCAACAUUUCCAAACAACAGUUUGAGAAGGCAUGGAUACAGCUCAGUUGCUCCCUUUGGUGCUAGCAGUUCAGCAGAUAUUCCAUAGACCAAAUGUAGUUUUACUACAUUGCUGUCCUCUGAAUGUGUAACCUAGACUGAUUAAGAAAAGAACACUAAUAAGCACUGUUCAUUAAAAUCUCAUUACCUCUUUUUCUAGGCCUGAACAUAGCGAGAAACGACUGUGCUUCUUUGAUACCCACUGCAGUAUGAAAAGACUUCCUGGAAAUAUAAUAAACAUGUAACUAAGAAAACGUCCCUCCUCUAAUCAGUUAUGUUCAAAAGUGAAAAAUGCCUUGGGAGAUGUUACUGGUGGAACAGAAGAAGUGCACCAGACAUGACCAAAAUGUUUUGCGCGUGCUGAUUGUGCAGAAGGGUUCAAAGAGAGCACAGUUCAUGUGGCAGCCUGCAAUAUGUCUGGGUUAAAAAUAAAGCUUGUAGAUAAAGUUCCUGCUGGAAAGGCAGGUGUAUGAUUUUGUAGAGAAUUUUUUUUUUUAAUGCUAAAUGGAAAUAGCAGCAGGUUACAAGUGGCAUCGUUCUGUGUCUGACCCAUCUGGCGAUCACCUUAUGGAACUGUUCUCUGAGAAGCUCUGGAAGGUAUCUUCUUGACCUCUCCUCUCUGCUAGAGUAGCUUUCACAUUCAGGGCUGUAGAGUCAUUUAAUUUACUUGAUGUUUAGUGCUCUUUAUCUCAGACUCCAGCAUAUGUGUAACUAUUUAGGCAGUUUCUAUCUACAAAGCCCCUGAAGUGGAAGCAUUGUGGAAUCUGUAUUACACCUCGAGUGCCAUAUGCGAAUGAUGCAAAUUUACACACUGACCUUGAAGCAACAUUGGAAUAUAAUGAAUGUGCACAUGGAAGAUGAUUUUUAGAAGUUUGAGUUCAGUUUAGCUGAUCCAGGUAUUAUCUCUCCGGACAAUUACAUGGCUGUGAUAUGCUGUAAUUUAAAGUUAAUCACCUUAAUAUCAUUUGGCAUUUACUGAAGACUAUAACAGAGCUUUUGUACUGACGUAAAAGCUGCCAGUAAGUUCCUCUUGAAAAUAAUAAUAAAAAAAAGAGAAGUAGCAUUUAAAAAUGCUUUUUUACAUUUUCCUGAAAAGAUUUCUUUGGGUUGUAUCAUGGUGUGCCUUUGAUCAGUAAUGGUGAUACAUGUAUUUGAGAGAGAGGGGAUAGUUGCAUCAUAUGGCCAUUUAAAAUAUUUUCUUGCUAAUUUUACAUCACUUUCUUCUUUUGUGAUUAGUGCUAAAAAUGAAGAAGUAGAAAUUGUGGUACAAAUUUUGCUUGUUAUUGAGGUAAGACUUUGCAAAGUGCUGCUGCAGUCAUUAGAUGUUGGGGAAGUAUGACUGAUGCACUGGCCUGCACCAGUCCUUUUUGGUCUCUGCUCAUGAUGUCAUCCAGAGGAUUUAGAAAGGUGUGGGACUUCAUGGCUUCUGCUCUUCUGAGUUGUGUGGUACAGCUUACAAGAGCACUGUCUUUCUUAAGCAUUCCCCAGAUUGCCAAACACAGCCUGAUUUGAGCUUGUUCAGACCACCCAACACCAAAACAGCUGCUUCUGUUUAUAGCAAGACUCAGGGUGUUACAGGUAAGGUAACACUCGAGUUAAAAAUCAAUAUUACAUUUAAUUUCUAAAAGCUUUUACUCUCCAGAUGCUGGGCUUGAUAGCAUAUAAUUGAGAAGAAGGGCAGGGCUCUUUGGUCAAGUGAAUUGAGGAGGAAGGAGUCUACCUGCUGAAAUAUUGGUUGGUUCCUCAGCCUGGCUCCCAAAACCAUCAAAGCUGGGCAGGUAAAUCUUGUUGAAUAUCAGUAUCAGUGCAUUUUCAAAUGCUCCUUGCAUCAUUUCUGGAAGUUGUACUCUAACACAUCAUCAUGACUGAAUGAAUCAAACAGCAGAAGUUGCUAACGUUAUUUUCUUGAGAAUUCUCUUGGAGGUUUCCAGAAGGCAGAGUCUCUUUUCCAGUCCUUUCCUAACUUGUAGGUGGCUAUUUUGGAGGCUAGCUACCUAACUCCAAGCAUUGGUUCUUAUUGCUGGCAAAUCUUUGUGCAAGACCUCCAGCUCCAGACAGCAAUGUGCACUUCCAGAGAUGUGUAGUUUUUGUGGUAGGGCCAAUGUUGCAUCUGACUUCUCCAGGGACAAAUCUGAAGUGAUUCCUUUCAAAGUUAAUUCUAUGUAGACUGUUAAGAAAUUGAAAGGAAGCAAGGGUGGUAUGUUUGAUUUUACAAGGUAAUAAGCCAAAGCUGUAGCUUGAAACAUGUUUUUUUUUUGUUUUUUUUUUCUGCAGUUAACAACACAGUACUGGUUCAAGAGGCGAUGUUUUAUUGCAGCAGCUCCUCUGCAGGAGUAAUUUUUCUCUACCUUCUAAUAUCCCUCUGGGACAUAAAACCCAUCUUUCCACCUAGCACUGAGGACUUACCUUCAAAUCUGGUCCUCCGCUGAAGGCUCUGCAAUCAGAAGAGGAGCUUUUUCAACAGAUAAUAACAACAUAUGUUGUAGCAGAUUGAUCAGAGAGUUGAAAAAUUAAAGGAGAUCUAAGAAUACAAAUCCCAGUUAUCUGACAAUCAUCUCUCCAACUCUGACCAGCACCUAGCUGGAUGACUGGGUUUUUGAGAGAGCUGACAGUAAGAGCUUUGUGAUGCUCCAUGGGUUGAGUGUCCAAAACCCAUACAGAAUCAGUGUGAUGGGCCAAAUUUGACUGGACAUGUUCUCCACUAUCAAGAGAGCAUGGCAUUGCUUUUGGCAUAGCUACUAGGUUUUUGAUGCUUUUUCAGAAUGAUACUCUCACACUCAUGGUGUAAUCUUCUUAGUUCUGGGUGAAAAAUGGGUAUUUAUAGUAGUCCCCUAAUUAAACCUUUUCUUUAAAUGUUUUAGCACAUUGAAUAGCUCCAAUCAGAAGCCAAUGUUGAAUGGCCAAUAGGUUUUUGUUUGCUCUUUAGCAAACCUGUUUGGAGAGGUUUCUAAAAGCAUCUCCUGAAAACUAGAUGGUCUAAGCUCUGUUAUCCCGUUCAGCUGUUGAUUCCAUCAGGAUGAUGUUGGGUAAACCACUGAGUGUUCUGUGCUUCUGCUCACUCUUUGUGAGGUAUACUUCCAUCAUUAUUUUUCCUUAGGCAUUUACUGUAAUGUGCUGGGAGAAGCCAUGAUUCCCCUCUGUUCUUACUCAAGUUCCCCACGAGAGAGCGAGUGCUGGGAAAAAAACAACCAAUGUCUUAUCUGCCCUUCAGGAAAAAGUGUUUUGGUGGAAAAAAUGGAAUUAUUGGGUCUCUCUUCCUACCUCACAUCUCACUUUGAUGCACAGGUAAGUCGCUUGAGCUGCAGUGGGAUACGUGUUUGUGCUGAAUGCUAAAUGGCUUUGUGAUCAUUACUUAAUGAAAACCACAUGUAAUGAGACAAGACGCUUUGUUCUUUGCUGUAGAAUGCGUGAAACAGCCCUGACAAUCUGCAAGCCUGCUGGUGCUGUUUGUCUUUUUGAAAUAGCUGUAUCAGUAACAGUGGGCUCCUGCUAGUCUACAUUUAGUGGCUAAUGGCUAUUGAAUUCCUUCGGCAUCGGUAAUAAUAGCUGCAGGCAGAGGUUGACACAGCAGACAGUGAUUUGAAAAGAGGGAAAGUCGAAAUUAGUGAUGCAGAAGCAUUGUGGGUGUACACAAGUGGGACGACAUGCUUUCCCCAGCUUUUGCUGGCAAGGGCUGCAAUUAGUUAUAGUCAAAUCCACUGAGUUUUGCGUUGUUCCUCAUCCCAAAGGACUCCUGUUUGUUCAGCUGCUUUUCCACUUGUCCUGUCUUUCCAGCAUGAAGAACUGUCUGUAAGUCAUGCUAAGACGUUGAGCUGAUGUAAUUUUUGUAGUUGGAGAUUGAAUUCACUUGGGAAACAGGUGAAAUUCUCUAGCUGUUAAAAUAGGCUGAGCAAACACAUGGGAUGCACAGUCUUUUGGAGAUGCCAUCGUGGCCCGGCAGGACAGGAGAUGCUGACAUAGAGAAAACCUCUCCUGGAUGUGGGGCAUGCUGGGAAAGAGCUGUGUAGAGCUCAAAAUGCAAGGUGAAGAGAUGGUCCUCCUCUUGAGAUUUCCUCAGUCCAGUCCUCUUUAAAAAUGCAGUUGUGACUUAGAUUUUGAUUGCUCUGGAUUUUAAUAAGGGAUGCUUUGAAUUUGAGUCUUACCUGAGAUUCUUCUGCCUUGUUGCUUCCAGUAUCCAAGAACCCAAUACUCUUGUACCCCGUGCUCCCCCCAGUGUCUAUCAACUGGAAGACCUUUUUGAGUUUAAGAGUAAAAGAUAGUUUGUAUUGCUGGUGAGCACACGUGGAAACUCAUAAAUAUUGGUAUUGGUAAGGGCUCGCCAGAAAACACAUUGGAGCCAAAGAAAAUACUCACUUCUAGUAUCAUAGAAUGGCUUAGGUUGGAAGGGACCCAUCCAGUUCCAACUCUGGGCUGUGGGCACGUUGCCACCUACCCUCCAACCUGUUCUUGGGCACCUCCAGGGAUGGGGCACCCACAGCUUCUCUGGGCUGCCUGUGCCAGGGCCUCACUGCCCUGUGAGUAAGAAUUUCUUCCUGACAUCUAAUUUAAAUGUCCCUUUUUUGGCUUAAUGCCAUUCCCCCUUCUUCUAACACUAUCGAAGUGUAAGGCCAGUGAAAGAUGUAAUGUCAAAAUCUGGCUCUGAAGCCACCCUCUCUUUCCUUGUACCAGAUAUGUCCUCUUGUUGAUGUGAGUAGUAGUUGUUCUAGUUGCUGUUCACAAAGAAAGGAUUGACAUUUUGAAGGACAGAGCUGUUUUCUGAUGGCACUGAGCAGUGGGGAGCCGCUUGCUUGGCUUCCCACAAGUGACCAGAGCAUCCAAAGGAAAGCAGCCCAAAGGGAACCAGACUUUGAAAUGCAAUCACCCAUUUGAAUUGUAGCUAAAUGUCCCAUAAAGGUUACAGAUCUCCCAUCUGCCUCCUUUUAGGAUUUAUUUUGGCCGGGAAAACAGACAGCAGGGCCUGCUGCCUUGCUCUGACUUACCUCGCUCACAAGCUGAAAGGACCCAAAGCCUCCUGCUGCCAGGCAUGCUAUAUCUGGCUGAGAUGGAUGGCCGGCUGUCAUCACCCAGGGAUGCGAUCACACCCUUUCCCCUCUUGUGAAUGAGCUGUAACUUAAACCAGGAGUAAAAAGUAUGCAGAGUUAAGGGUGCUGAGUUUUUUUCCUCCAAACUGGGAGUCAUGGAUCCAGAUCUUAUCAUGCCCUUCCAAGUAUGGAGGAGGUAACGGGGGAAGGAUAACACAGAUAUAGCUGAAAAUGAGAUGACAGUGACUAAGUUGUAUUGGAAAUUUAGCUGGAAAUCAGCACCCAGAUCAAGCUGUGGGCGUCCCUGUUUGUUGCAGGGGAGUUGGACUAGAUGGCUUUUAAGGGUCUCUUCCAACUCAAACUAUUCUGUGAUUCAAUGAAAUGUCAGUAAUGGGUUAUUCUGGUUUUAGGAGUAUAGCAAGGGUUAAAAGCUCAGCUCUCCUGGCCAUGGAUAAACAAGAGCUGGCUGUGCUGUACUCGGGUUGUUUUCACAUUAAUAUCAAGCUAUUAGCACUUCCUGGAUGUGAUCGUGUCCUUUGAAGCCAUUCUCCUUUUCCAGCAAGUUCAGAAGAUAAUUUUAGCCCUGAUUAGUGCUAUAAUUAAAUAACUGAGUCCCAGGCAGAGGCAGCAGGUGCCACCCAUGCCACUGCUUUUUCCACCACUCCUCACGGGGGAACGUUCCCGAGGAUGUGUGUGUUUGUGAGCACACCGCAGUGUUGUUCUGCAGAGCAUCUCCUGGAGCCCAGCCUGCUUCGCUUCUGCUUGUUUUCUUCCUUGGCUGUUUCCUAAUGUUUGUGACUGUCCCCUCUGUGCUGUGUGGCCUCACCGCCACCGCUGCACCACAACAUAAGGACAUGAAACAUUCACCAAGGGCUACGGUGAUGGGGAAGGGUCUGAGGGCAAGGUGUGUGAGGAGCAGCUGAGGUCCGUGGUGUGCUCAGCCCACAGCAGAGGGG